ACGGCAGGCGGCGCCGGGCCGGCCGCCCGCUGCCGGGGCCGCUAUUGCCAGCGCGCGCCCGGCCGGCCGUCAGUGCAGCGCCGGAGUCCGGCCGAACAGCACGCCGGGCCGCCGCUGCCGCCGCGGCGCCGCGCCGUCAGCGCUGCUCCCUCCGCCCGCUCUCCAUAACUGCGAGUACAAUGUCGCCGCGCGUGCAGCGCGGCCCGCUCGGCGGCUGCUCGUGCCCGUUCGCGCUGGCCACCGCCGGGGCCCAGUAGCGCCUGAAGAUGGGUGAGUUCGUGACUCUGACGGUGCCGCCGACAGCGUUCAACGAGGCCGUGUCGGUGGUGCCGGACGUGGCGUCGCGCGCCGACGCGGACAUGCCGUGGCAUGAGGUGCUGCUGACGGUGCUCAAGGCGCUGGCCAUGGUGCUGAUCAUCGUGUCGUCGGUGCUGGGAAACCUGCUGGUGAUCUGCAGCGUGAUCCGCUACCGCCGGCUGCGGGUCAUCACAAACUACUUCAUAGUGUCGCUGGCGCUGGCUGACAUGCUGGUCGCGCUCGGCGCCAUGACGUUCAACGCCAGCGUGCAGCUGUCGGAGCGCUGGAUGUUCGGCCUAGUCGUGUGCGACCUCUGGAACUCGCUGGACGUGUACUUUAGCACUAUCUCGAUCCUGCACCUCUGCUGUAUCAGUGUGGACCGCUACGUGGCCAUCGUGCUGCCACUCGAGUACCCCAUGAAGAUGACUCGCACACGGGUGCUGCUGAUGAUCCUGGCCGCGUGGCUGGCGCCCAUCCUCAUCUCGUUCAUCCCAAUCUUCCUCGGCUGGUACGCCACCGACGAGUACCUCAGCUCCCGCUCCCCAGACGAGUGCUCCUGGGAGGUCAACAUGUGGUUCGCGGUCGUCUCCUCUUCCAUAUCCUUCUGGAUCCCGGGCGUCAUCAUGGUCUGCCUGUACCUGCGCGUGUUCAGAGAGGCGGACCGCCAAGAGCAGAUGCUGCACAAGGCACGCGGCAAGGCCCAGAUGCUGGUCACACAGAACGGCGGAGCGGAUGGAGGACCUUUCAUUCGCAUCGUACCUGUCUCUCCCGUCAAGAAGCCGGAUCCGGUUCGAGCCAUUGGAAAUUCCGUUUUGGCUACGGCGAAAUCAAAGAGAAUUCGAAUCAGCUUACUUCGUAAUAAACGCGGUGGUACGCAGACUCACGCUGUGGACGACGAGCACUCCAACAGCCGUCGUCAGAUGCACAAGCUGCGCCGAGAGCGCAAAGCCAUGCGCACGCUGGGCAUUCUCAUGGGCGCGUUCCUGUUCUGCUGGCUGCCCUUCUUCCUCUGGUACGUCACCGUCAGUCUCUGCGGCGACUUAUGCUACACACCUCCGCUGGUGGAGUCUCUACUCUUCUGGAUCGGCUACUUCAACUCUACCCUGAACCCUGUCAUAUACGCCUACUUUAACCGCGACUUCCGGUACGCGUUCCGCUCUAUCCUAGGGAGCGUGCUGUGUCACCGCUGCUGCCAGCGCGACCCGUACCACGACAUCUACAUGCGCCGGCACUCGUAUCCGACUGAGCUGCGCAGGGAGAGCGUGGUCAGCCAGGUGUACCAGCGGCGGCGCAGCUCGCUCUCCUCGGAGCUGUCGCAGGUGUCGGCUCUGGUGCGUCCUCCGGCCGGUACUCACCUGGGAGCCGAGCUGGAGCAGCCGGCCUCCGAGCCACGCAGUCCCACUGAGCAGGUGACCCUAGUGGUGCCGCCGCUGCCGGCCGCCAAGCCACCCCCGCCGCCGCCGGCUCCGCAGCAGCAGCCGCCGCAGCAGCCGCCGCGCAGUCCCAGCCGGCCAGCGCUGCGCAUUAACCUGCUCAAAGGCCAGUUUCUGAACCGUGUGCCGCGCCAUGACAAGGAGAAGUGGUCGGGCGUUGAGCGUAUGAUCGGGCUGGAGGAGCUGAACGGCCGGCCGCCGCCGCCGCCCACCGCGCCGCCGCCGGCCCCGCACGAGACGGCCGCGCCCGGCUCGUAACCCUCAGGUGCCAUGUACCGCCGCAAUGUUCUUAUCUGUUCUAUGUGAUAUGUAAUAAAUGUUGAGAUCUGA